AUGGAUAGGAUCGGAGCUUUACCCGACGAGGUCCUAACCCACAUUCUCUCAUUUGUUCCCACCACACAAGCCAUAGUCACAAGCAUUCUUUCAAAGAGAUGGAUUCAUCUAUGGCGUCACGUUCCCCUUCUUCAUUUCAGCGACACAAGUCUGAAAAACCUAGCAGACAAUUAUCGCUUCAACGAAUUCGUCUACAGCAUUCUACUCUCUCGAGAAGCCGCCGGUAAUCAUUCCAUCAACACUUUCUUCCUCGACAUUGAAUAUUUUUACGCUAAACUCGCUUUUCGUCCUAGCAAUCCCAAUAUCAAAAAUUGGGUCGAUUAUGCAGUUGAACGCAAAGUUCAACAUCUUGAUCUCUAUCUCGACGUUCUUCGUCAUGUCGAUAAGCAUCGAAACUUCCCUAGACUGCCUGUUAGUGUAUUCAAUUGUAGAACCCUAGUUUCUCUCAAGCUUCAUUGGUUUCAUGUGGAGGAAUAUUUUUCCUUAGAUUUUAUUGGAUUUCCGUCACUUAAAGUGCUUCAUUUGAAAGAAAUCUACUUCCAUGAAUAUGAAGAAUUUAUUUUGCUUCUAGCUGGAUGUCCUGUUCUUGAAGAUUUACAUGUAUCUGAUGUGAAUUUCGGAUGUUUGAAAAUUCUUUUGGAGUUUGAUAAUGUCUUUAAAACCUCAAGCUUAAGCAAUUUGACUAGCGUAUAUAUUAGAGGCUGCUGUUUUGAUUUUUGGUUGAAAGCACUUUCAAAUUUGAAGUUUCUCAGUAUAAACUUUUUGAAGGGCGAUCAGCAUGAUAUUUUUCCUGUCUUCCAUAAUUUGACCCACUUGGAGCUUACUUAUGAUUGGUAUAGAGUUGUGCAAGUGCUCCAACACUGCCCUAAACUUCAAAAGCUAGACUUUCAUCAGAAGUUACCAAGCAGUUCGGAUGAGUACUUUAUAGAAAAUUGGGCAGACCUAGAAUUUGUUCCAAAGUGCCUUUCAUUAAACCUUACAAGUUGCACUCUUUGGGGCUUUUUACUCACCACCUUACAAGGGCCUCUGCAACAUGCCAACUUUCAUUUAAUUGAUUGGUCACCUGAAUUAGAAAGAAAUUUGUCCUCAUGCCCUAGGGCCUCUGCAACAUGUCAACUUUCAUUUAAUUGA